AUGAAGAAGGAGUAUAAGCCAAAGAUUGGGUCAGCAACAAAAUCGAAAAAGGCUAAGGUAGUCACUCAUGUUAGGCAACAACUGGAUUCUAUAGAUAUAGUUGUUGGCCAAAGUUUUGACUCCAAGUCUUCAUUAACAACACGACUUAAGAUCUUGACGAUAGUGCAAAAAUUUGAUUAUGAUGUCGAGUACUCAACGCCGACUCUUCUAAUCGUCAAGUGUUGGAUUGGAGGCUGUAGUUGGAAGUUAAGAGCAUCACCAACAAGUGAUAGUCCUCGCUUUACCGUACGCAUCUAUGUUUCUGAACAUACUUGUUCAGUUACAGAACGAUCAGCUCGUUGCAGACAAGCAACACCAGAGAUUCUCGGAUCUUUAUACACUGAUUUCAUUGGUGGAGUGGAGCUAACCGUUUUGCCAAGUCAUGUGCGGCAGUCCCUCAACAUGUGCUUUGUAAUAAAGAUUAACUACUGGAAAGCUCACCGGACACUGAAAUGUGCAAGAGAAUUGGUUAGGAGAUCCGCAGAGAGUGGCUACCAUGAGUUACCUGUGUAUCUGCACAUGAUUAGAGAAGCCAAUCCUGAGACAUUCACUCGCCUUGCAGUAGAUUCUAGUGACAGAUUUAAGUACCUUUUCAUUGCAUUUGGUGCUAGCAUCAAGGGCUUUCCAUUCAUGAGGAAGGUUGUUGUGGUCGAUGGCACAUUCUUGCAAGGAAAGUACAAAGGAACUCUACUAAUUGCGUCAUCACAAGAUGGCAACUUCCAGAUAUUUCCAAUUUCAUUUGCGAUAGUCGAUACUGAAAACGAUGAAUCAUGGAAAUGGUUUUUCAAACACAAAUCAAUUGGCACUGCAAUUUCCGAGGUCUAUCCAUCUGCUAGCUGUGGAGUUUGUACUUACCACUUGUAUAAGAAUGUCUUGUUAAAGUUUAGAGGUCGCGAGUUAUUUGGUUUGGUUAAAAAGGCAGCUAAUUCAUUCAGGCUUUCAGAUUUUGAGACCAUAUUCGAUGAGAUCAAAGCAAUGCACCCGGCUCUGCAUUGCUAUUUGGAGAAAGCAGAUGUAAGGAAGUGGGCACGAGCUCAUUUCCCUGGUGAUAGGUACAACUUGACUACGACCAACAUAGCUGAAUCUAUAAACAGAGUGCUUUCAGAAGCAAGAAACUUGCCGAUUGUAAGACUUUUAGAAGCAAUAAGGCUAAUGAUGACACGAUGGUUUUCGGCACGAAAGAAUGAUGCAUAUUUGAUGAAAACAACUCUAACUCGUGGAGUUGAGAAGCUUUUAGAGGGACGUGUACCAUAUUCUAAAAUGCUCAGCGUACAGCAGAUAGAUAUUCACCAAUAUCAGUGUGUCCUUUGUCCUGUUGUACUCAUAAUAAACAAAGGCAAGAUGGGCAACGAUGUCUACAGAUAUGAGUCUGCCUGA